CAACAACAAUAUAUAUAAAAAAAAGUACACAGUAAUGGGAUUUCGGAAAGUAUCCGACCAGGAAGAUAUUACAAACCAAUACACAAAUGAUUUUGAAGAAGCCGUACCUUUAACAGCAACAUCACCUAAAACUGGCAAUGAGAAACAACAUGGCAACAUUAUUGACGACGUUCCAGCACAUCUUGAACCUUUUCUUCAAACACAACCUACAUUUGGUUUAAAUGACGAACAAGUCCAAGAGAGAAUGGCACGAUUUGGCCGAAACGAAUUAACAGAAAAAAAGAGAAAUAAGCUACUACAUUUUCUUUCGUUUUUCACUGGUGCGAUUUCGUAUCUAAUGAUACUAGCACUUGUUCUUACCGCUGUUACUGCAGAUUGGCUUGAUUUUGGGAUCAUUGCCGGUAUGCUUCUUAUCAAUGCGAUUAUUGGUUAUGUUGAAGAGGCCCGUGCAGAAUCCUCUAUCGACUCGUUAAAAAGCAGUCUUGCUUUGCAAUGUAAAUGUUGGAGAAACGGUCAGUUAAAAGAAGUUCGAUCCUCUGAUCUCGUAGUUGGCGAUAUUAUUGUUUUAAGAUUAGGUGACAUUGUACCCGCAGACGCUCGAUUAUUGGGUAUUGGUGCUUCAGGCGAAGCCAUAGAGACUGAUAUCCAAAUCGACCAAAGUUCCCUUACCGGUGAAUCAUUGCCCAGUAAGAAAAAACCUGGAAAUAUUGUAUUUUCAUCCUGUAUUGUUAAACAAGGCCAGCAGCAAGCUAUUGUUGUACGUACCGGUCCCGAUACCUUUAUUGGAAAGACAGCAAGCCUUAUUUCAGUCACCACUGGCUCGGGAAGAUUCCAAAAAGUUAUCAACUACAUUGGUAAUUUUCUUAUCGUUCUCUCUGUCGUUCUGGUUACAAUUAUUUUUAUCAAUGAAUUGGUCCAAGUAAAAAAGGCCUUUGGAUUUAUUACAAGAGAACAAGUCUUGGCGGCUCUCAAUGAAAUGGUGGUGCUUACAAUCGCAGCUAUUCCUGUUGGUCUUCCCACUGUCAUGUCAGUCACUAUGGCUAUUGGUGCUAAACAGCUUGCCAAACACCAAGUGAUUGUAAAAAGAUUGACUGCCGUCGAAGAAUUUGCGUCUGUUUCCAUUUUGUGCAGCGAUAAAACAGGAACACUUACCAAAAACGAGCUUACAUUUGACGAACCUUAUCUUGCUGGGUCGUUUGAUAAGAAUGAUAUUCUACUGUACUCUUACCUCGCUGCAGAGGCCGCGACCGAUGAUCCUAUCGAAUUUGCUGUUCGUACAGCCGCCGAAACUCAUCAUCCACAAGUCAUUAACGAUGGAAGUCAUAAAGUUCAAGGUUACCAAGUGAUUUCUUUCAAACCAUUCAAUUCUUCUGACAAAACCGCUCAGGCAACCGUUCUUAACACCUCUACUCAAGAAACGUUCAGAGUAGCCAAGGGUGCGCCUCAAGUGAUCAUGCAGCUUGUGGGUGGUGAUGAACAAGCAGAGGACAUGGUUCAACAAUUUGCCAGUCGUGGGCUCAGAUCUUUGGGUAUUGCACGUACUGUGAAUGGCAUUGAAAAAUGGGAAUUGAUUGGUUUGCUCAGUUUAAUUGAUCCUCCCAGAGAUGACUCUGCUCAGACAAUUGCCGAGUGUCAACAAUAUGGUAUUUCAGUCAAGAUGAUCACUGGUGAUCAAGGCAUUAUUGCAAAAGAGGUGGCUGGUAGACUCGGUAUGGGCCAACAUAUUCUAGAUGUGGAUGAAUUGGUCGAUUCUUCUAAAUCCGAACAAGAGGUCUCUGACAUGUGCGUUUAUUCUGAUGGUUUUGCUCGCGUUGUUCCUGAACAUAAAUACCGUGUUGUUGAGAUCUUACAACAAAGAGGCUACUUUGUUGCUAUGACUGGCGAUGGUGUAAACGACGCCCCUGCUUUGAAAAAAGCCAAUGUAGGUAUUGCUGUUGCUGGUUCGACUGAUGCUGCUCGUGCUGCAGCAGAUAUUGUAUUAUUAGCUCCUGGUUUAUCCGCUAUUAUUGACGGUAUUAAGAUCUCGAGAAUUAUUUUUCAACGUCUUCAAUCAUAUGCAUUGUACCGCAUUACGUCCACUAUUCACUUUUUAUUGUUCUUUUUUGUCAUCACCCUUGCUGAGGACUGGAAAAUGCCACCUGUGUUCCUUAUUUUGAUCUCACUUUUGAACGAUGCCGCUACCUUAAUCAUGGCUGUCGAUAAUGUCAGUGUCUCAAGUAGUCCAAAUAUGUGGCGACUCAGACUUUUGAUCGUACUCUCUUGUGUGCUCGCAAUUGCGCUUUCAGGAUUUUCAUUUGCACACUUUUACAUUUUCCGUGAUAUUCUUGGUGUCAGCGGUCCUGAGCUUUCAACUAUCAUGUACCUUCACAUGUCAUCUGCACCUCAUUUUGUUAUAUUCUCCACACGUACCAAUACUUUUUGGUGGAAGAGCUUACCAUCCUUGGUAUUUGUUAUAGUAAUUUUAGGGACCCAAUUGGUGGCAUUAUUCCUUUCAGUAUACGGUGUUGGAAACAAUCCUAAUGUUGCUGGUAUUGGUUGGGUUCGAAGUAUUAUUAUUCUUGCUAUUUCCUUUGCAACUUUUUUCAUUAUGGACGCCAUCAAGGUGACCACCAUCUUCCUAUGGGAAAGAUUCGAUAAAUCAUCCUCUCAACCUUCUGUACCUGCCUUUGUCAAAUCUAAACCAACCAAGGAGAGUAAGGCAGCUAAAUUUGUUCAAAAGCAACAAAGAUCACGCUUUGGUUAUGACAGGGCGGAAAGACGUGAGUCAGUUGGCUCUGUCAAGUCAUAUUAAUAGCGGUAGGCUAUUUGUAAAUUAUUUUUCCAUUAUCAUAUAUCCCUUUUUCUUUUUCUUUUUCCAUUAAACUGAAUACUAUCAUGAAAAUAUGGCAUUCUUA